CUGGGGCUGGUGGGGCUUCUCCAGAGCCCUGGACAAAGGCGGGGGCGGUGGGGGGGGGGGGGCGAGUUACGGAAAGGGACCCUGACCACCCCUCCCUCCCUGCCCUAGGAGGCAGACAUGCCCGAUGAGGUCAACAUUGAUGAAUUGUUGGAAUUAGAGGGCGAAGAGGAGAGAAGCCGGAAAAUCCAGGGCCUCCUGAAGUCAUGCAAGAGCCCCACAGAGGACUUCGUCCAGGAGCUGCUGGUGAAGCUUCGAGGCCUCCACAAGCAGCCAGGUCUCCGCCAGCCCAGCCCCUCCGCUGACAGCCGCCUGAGCCCCCUCCAGGACCCUGCCCGGACUGCACCGCCCUGACCUCGCCUCGGGGGCCCCUCCCUUCUCCCGUCCCCUCUGCACCUCCUGGCCUGUGUAUACGUUGUAUGUAAUGGUUCUCUAACAACGCGGCAUGCCUGUU